UCUCGAGAACCAGUUCUUCGGUAGCCCGUGUCGGGGUCAUCGCUGUGUGUGCAGAACGUGCGUGAACAUUCGUGGCAAGUGGCUCUCCUCGGGUGUGACGGUUUUUUGGCUGUGAAAAUUCACCAAACCCAAAGGGAAACCCAUCAUCACCGGGAGAAUCGCACGGAAUCGAGCGCCAUUUUCCCACCAUCGCUCCAACCGAUCGAUUGUUCUGUGAGGCUGUGUUACGUAAUCUGUGACUUGCUACCCGUACAUCGAAGCGUGGAUUAAGAGUGAAAAGCUUCGGGAAACAGGUCGAAAACGUAGCCCGUCUCGUACGUUCUGCUAACACAUCCGUCAGUGAGACACCAACUCGUCGAAAGGGCACGAAGGCAACAUGACGUCGAUAAACGUGGACAAAUACAAACUGUCCGACAAAACGGCAAAGCUCACGGCCAAAGACAUCAUUCCGGUCGUCCAGUCGUCGGACUCGGCCGAGACUCGCGAGUUUCUGCACACAAUCGCCGAGCUGCUGGUCGACUAUGUCAACGUACAGAACGACCGGAAGGAGAAGAUCCUCGACUUCCACCACCCGGAGGACAUGAAGAAGCUGCUCACGCUGGACAUCCCCGAGCAGGCGGUCACACUGCAACAGCUGGUGAAGGACUGCGCCAUGACGCUGAAGUACCAAGUGAAGACGGGCCAUCCGCAUUUCUUCAACCAACUGUCGUGCGGGCUGGACGUGGUUUCGAUGGCUGGUGAGUGGCUGACGGCGACGGCCAACACCAACAUGUUCACGUACGAGAUUGCACCGGUGUUCAUCCUGAUGGAGAACGUCGUCCUGUCGAAGAUGCGCAAGAUCAUCGGCUGGGACGGUGGCGACUCGAUCCUGGCGCCGGGCGGUUCCAUCUCGAACCUGUACGCGUUCCUGGCCGCCCGCCACAAGAUGUUCCCGAACUACAAGGAACACGGCGCCCGUGCCUUACCCGGUGAGCUGGUGAUGUUCACGUCCGAUCAGUGUCACUACUCGAUCAAGUCGUGCGCCGCCGUGUGCGGACUCGGCACGGACAACUGCGUGAUGGUGCCGUCCGACGAGCACGGCAAGCUGAUCCCGGCCGAGCUCGAGCGGCUCAUCCUGGAGCGGAAGGCACGCGGCCAGAUCCCGUUCUUCGUGAACGCGACCGCCGGCACCACGGUGCUCGGGGCGUUCGAUCCGAUCAACACCAUUGCCGACAUCUGCGAGAAGUACAACUGCUGGUUCCAUGUUGAUGCUGCCUGGGGUGGUGGACUCCUGCUGUCCAACAAGUACCGCCAUCCGCGCUUCGAUGGCAUCGAGAGAUGCGACUCGAUCACGUGGAACCCGCACAAGCUGAUGGGAGCCCUGCUGCAGUGUUCAUCGAUUCACUUCAAGGAGGACGGCCUCCUGAUUAGCUGCAACCAGAUGUCGGCCGAGUACCUGUUCAUGACCGACAAACUGUACGACAUCAGCUACGACACCGGCGACAAGGUGAUCCAGUGCGGUCGCCACAACGACGUCUUCAAGCUGUGGCUGCAGUGGCGCUCGAAGGGUACGGAGGGCUUCGCCAAGCACAUGGACCAUCUGAUGGAGCUGACCGAGUACGAGGUGCGCCGCAUCCGGCAGCAACCGGACAAGUUCCACCUGAUCAUGGAGCCGGAGCUGGUGAACGUGUCGUUCUGGUACAUUCCGAAGCGUUUGCGUGGAGUGCCGCACGACGCGAAGAAGGAACAGGAGCUGGCCCGGAUCUGUCCCAUCAUCAAGUCGCGCAUGAUGCAAUCCGGCACGCUGAUGGUCGGUUACCAGCCGGACGAUCGUCGCCCGAACUUUUUCCGCUCGAUCAUCUCGUCGAUCGCCGUCACCGAGGCCGACGUAGAUUUCAUGCUCAACGAGAUCGACCGUCUCGGGCAAGACCUGUAAGAGGUGCCAGUGUCGUUAGUGUCGCCGCAGGCAUUGUUUGGGGUUGGUGUCUCCGUGCGCAGUCCGACGGGAGACCCAGUGAACCCUGUUCCUGUCGCUAGCUGCCGGGAGCUCGGAGGGGCAGCUGACAUUUUAAUCAACCAAUGAGUAUCAGUUAUGAAGACAUAUCAAUAUAUCUUCAACAAGUUGUUGUGUUUCACAUUCCAAAGCGAAAAAAAAACAAACAUACGAAUGCUUUAUUGAUGUCACAGUCUGUGAGAUUUUUCUUAGGAAGGCUUAGAGGAGGAACUUAGAUCCAUCGUUUCUAGAAAACGUUUUCGUUAUCCAUGUCACGGACAUAUCAGAUGGUUUAUCUCUCUUUUUGAGUUUACGUGUUCUGCAUGUUCUGCUGAAAAGAAUCACUUUGACGAUCGGUAGACCUAGCCGUAGAGAAUUAAGUUCCCCACAAGGACCCCGUUUUGCUAGGUUCGUCCCCUAGACAUAACUAUUUACCCUAAACCUUGACUGUUGAAUCCCAGCCGCGGGGCGCGGGAAACCCAAUUAUAUAUAUACAACAAUCGCAAAACGGUAACCGUAGAGAUAUACUAUAUAUACACGUAUAUACACAGCCACCCAGUAACACCCUAAGGACCGCAAAAUACACACUAAAUCGGCCGGCGAGAAUGCGAGGCUCUGCGAGAUGGCAUUGCGAUCCCAGCAUAGUCCGCGAAUUCUGCCGUUUGCGUAGAUGUGUUUUAAUUCAAAUUCACACUGGCCCUCCCCGGCACGGCACUCAUAGGCGGACAUCAUUGCGUACAGCAGCCCAUUUCAAUGUACCUUAAACCCUACAUUCGGUUCGGCCAGACCUUCGCGGGGGGGUUUACGUAAGCACAUCCUGUGGCGAAGCUGGUGGCCGAGUGUAGAUUGAAAAGUCAUUUGAACAAAAAAUUACCUACUGGUCUAUGUGUAGUGUCGCAAUAACAGCCACGGAAACGUUCUGGCGAAAGUUCAUCCUACAGUCCGUUUCCGCUUUCGCCAAGUAUAAUCGACCGACAGCGUAUCCUAAACGGAGGCAUUUAUGGCUACGGCCUCGAAACUAUCCUAGGUUGUGUGGUGCGUAUCUGUGUCAGUUUUGUGCGAUUGAUUUUGCCGUUUAGUUCCGAUUCGUCCUCCAUCGCGCGUGCUCGACCAGAGCACCGUGCAAGGACCGUAGACUGUGACAAUGUGUAUAUAUUAGGCUUCUAGGUAUGUUAACGCUUACUGUCUCCUGUCUCCUACCGUCGAGUGAAGGGAUUUGGGUGAAAAGAGAGUUAGAGAAAGUAGUGCGAAGAAGUGUAAGAAGUGUAUAGAACGGUGCGCUACGGUGCGGUUGAAACGAAGCGCAACCUGUAACCUGACUGAGAAUGUUAUCGCCACGCGAAUAUUGUUGAUACUGAUUGCAGUCCAGCCGGUUAGGUUGGAGCACGUGUUCCACGACGACGAGAUAGCCUGCGGUAGUGCUGGGAGACAGAUCGUCGAUGAUCAGCUCUAGGGGCGGCCAGCAGACAGGAUAUUAAAUUUGCCAGAGUUUAGACAAACAUGGACGCACGGUAAGGGACAAGAGCUCCACUUGUUUUGCCUUAUCCUGGCCACAACUGAGUUGCCUCUCGUUGCAUUUUAUUUUCCAUUUUGGCACAGCCAGUUAGGAGGGUUAGGUUCCGUGUAUGUAAUUCGUUCUCCAUUUCUGCAGCCAAAGAGUUCAACGGACGCAAUGCAAAGCAUUUAACGCGUGGUCUACGUUACUAGAGCAGUGGCCACGUGUGCACACGUGUGUAGGUUAUAUCGUACUGUGCUUAGGAAUUUAACUUUGCCAAGACGAAUGGUAAACGAACACGUAGUGGGUAUGAUUUUAGUAGAACCCUAAUUUUAAGACGACUGUUUGAGGCGGUCUGCUCUCCGUCGGGCUCAGGGGCGCGAUGUGGAGCUGUGGACGGAACCAAGUUCCGGAACCGGGCUCGGCAUCGGCAUCGGGAGCCUGCCAGGAUAGGGAACUGAUGCGAACAGUGAAACGACAAAAUCACAAAGUCUUCCUUCAAAUGAAAUGUUAAUUAAUCAACGAUUCAUGCUCACUCUCAGAUACGCUCAUUUGUUGGCACGGGACGGCUGGUGGCCCCCUCGGGUAGCCGGAAGUGCACGAGCACAUCGAGCCAGAUCGAGCCGCCCCGGUCGUCCCGGUGCCCUAUUUGUAUAUUUCAUCUGAACAGUGAUGUGAAUCGUUUAUGUAAUGUAUCGGGUGGCGAGAGAUGAAACACACAAACAUAUAUAUGCAAAAAUCGAAAUGGACAAAACUACGAAACAACCUUAUUGCUGUACAAUGUCGAGCGCGCGGAAAGGAAGCCAAUAUAUCACACGAAAUCCAAACACUGGUGCAGCGCAAAACAAAUUAAUUGCUCCACUUUAGUCCCCAACGGUUUGCUUUAGAGGUUCGAAGUUGCCAUAAACGCAUUUACACGCAGAUAAAGGGAAAUGAGCUUUCCCCCGUCGUAUUGGUUUUUGGUAAACGUGUCGCCGACCGAUCGUAACCGUUGUAAAGAAAACAUGUUAUUUUUGCCCCUGGCCGGGCACGUUGAGUAGUGUCAGCUACUCUCAGUCCCCUCCCUUCCGGAUACCUUCCAUUUCCUGCCGCAUAAACGGGGACUGCAACAUUAGCAUGUAAAGUACGAAGGCCGGUACGAGGAAUUGGACCGCCAAAUGUAUGCCAAAAUCGGUGAAACGAGAACAAAUCCCUACCUAGAUGUUGUGUGUUGUUGAAUGCAAAAAAACGAAUAUAUUUCACACGCCGCAGUCGAGAAGCGACAACGAAGAAAUCACUACAGCAAUCCGAUGAAGUACCCUCUGCAGGUGGAUUCAAAUGAAAUAAAUAAAGCGUAUAAUAUCUAUUGGCAAUUGUAGAUGGAAAUACACAUCGUUUUGCUUUCGCUGA